AUGACCGAGGCCAGCAUUCUCUUCCUCCGUGCCUGCCUCGCGGUGCUCGCCUCGCCCAUCUACCUGCUAUCGUUCCUGGGCAUAUGGGAGCCUUUCUGUAAGAAGGUAUUUUUCCCUUUCUUCUUAGAGAAGUUUUUUGCAAUCCACGAAAAGAAAACAAACAAGCCAAAGCAAGAGCUAUUUCGUAACCUACCUGACUUCAAGAGCCCCUCAGGAGAGCUGAAGCUGCUGGAGAUCGGGACCGGCUGCGGUGCGAACUUCCAGUUCUACCCGCCGGGCUGCAAAGUCACGUGCACUGACAUAAACCCCGAUUUCCAGCAAGGCCUUUCGAAAAGCAUGGACAAGAACAAGCAUGUCCACUAUGAGCGUUUCCUCGUCGCUCCAGGAGAAGACCUGCACCAGGUGCCCAGCGGUUCUGUGGACGCCGUCGUCGGCACCUGGGUCCUCUGCUCCGUGCACAGUGUGAACGGCACCCUGAAGGAAGUCCUGCGAGUGCUCAGACCAGGAGGUGCUUUCUAUUUCUUAGAGCACGUGGCCGCUGAUCGUUCCAGCUGGAAGCAUUUUUGGCAGCAGGUCUGGUAUCCAACUUGGAAACUUGUCUUUAAUGGAUGCUGCCUAACAAGAGAGAUAUGGAAUAAUCUCGAACAAGCCAACUUCUCGGAGCUGAACUUACGACACAUAACCAUCGCGCUGCCCUGGAUGCCCGUUCAGCCUCACAUCAUCGGAUACGCUGUGAAGUAA